AUGGCGGCCGCAGUGUACGUGGUGGUGACGCUGCUGUGUGUGUCACACAGCAGCAUGGCGGCCGCAGUGUACGUGGCAGUGACGCUGCUGGGGAUAUUCAGGGCCGCGCAGGCGCAGGUUUACGGGGCGGGUGCCUGCCCUGAGUACCAGACGUCUGAUGCCUUCAACCUUCAGCACAUCAGCGACCUGGUGGAGCGAGGUGGUGUAGUACCAUACCUGUCAUCAGGCACCAUCACAGAGCGCUACCAGUCAUGUCAGUACCUGAGACUGCAGGAUGGUGGAGUCUUCACCUACACAUACAAGGAUGU